GUAUGCUGAACAAGUGUGGCCGGCAGAGUGGGAUGGUGAAGCAUUGCACUGUGCAGAACAGCUAGUAGCACAGACAUUUUGCUGACCAGAGUAGGGCGAACCAGAGUAAGCCAUAAGUUUGUGUGCUCUCACCUGAGGCUAAGGCUUGUGGUCCACAGCCUCACCGCGGAGAUUUCGUCGAAGGGAUUCGGGGCUCCGCAGCAAACGCAAUUUUUUUCUCUUUCUCAAACGGGCCUUCGCCCUCUUUGGACAAGCUGGGCACAUGUGACCAGAGCGAUCCGGGCCGAAUUUAGGGCUUUCUACAACUAAACUGCCCCGCCCCCUUACUUUUCCCCCAAGAGUUCCUGUAGCAUCUGCUUGGGGGGUCUGGUGCAACCGUGGCCAGACUCAGCCAUCAGAUCCAGUAUUUCCCCUUAUGUGACAGCAGUAGUGCAGCAGUUAAUGCUAAAGAGCCACACCAUUCGUGGGCUGUGGUACCCCAGGAAUCGUUACGGGAGACACCGGUCACUCUGUCUGGGACAGGGAAGUGUCCGACUUAAGUCUGUGGAGCACAAGCCUAAGCCAAAUAAGGCUCAGUGGAGCUGAACAAGUGAAGAGCCAAAUAAGGCACAGUGGAGCACCUGCACGAAAGCUCAGAGGAGUUAAGCUGUGCUGAUACGAGUGAGGGCCAGCAGAGCUGCUCAAGAGGUGGCCCAAACAGAGUGAAAUCAGUCGGGUGCAAGUGGAGCACUGCUGAGCUGCAGAGAGGGAAAUUCAGAUGUGCGUUGGCAUGACAUUCUCUCCUUUCACCUGAGCCAAGCUGGGGGCUCAUAUUUAGAGGACUUAAGCAGAAAUGUUCCGAGCACAGUAGAGUUGAGAGGAGCAGAGUGAGGCCAAGCAGAGCUGAGUUGAGCACAUCCAACCAUGGGUUGUGAAAGAAGAGUCUAGAUGUUUUACCAUGGGAGUGCGCUCCUUCAUUCAUUCCUAUGCUGCUGCUGCUCAGUGCGAAUAGGAUCUUCCUGGGUGUAGCCAGGAGGCUGUGAAAACUGUCCGUGAAAGGCAUAUAAACUUGGAAAGUGGUCCAGAGCGAAGGCGGUUUUGAAAUAUGUGCUUAUCGCCAAGCCCCCUUCCACUUCACCCCUGUCGAGUGUUUGGUCUCAUCAGCCUCUGGCAACCUCUGGGCCACGGUGCAAUGUGGGAGGUUGGGGAAGAUUGCCUCAAAGGUAGUGCUGGUUUAGCUGGCCAAGUCUUUUUUACCUUCUCCAUUUGGUACACCACAUACCUGCUCAUACUUGUGUUCUACUCCUUAUGCCUGAGUUUUGAUUAAAUAUACUAUCAUGCGCUUACCUCUGAGCAAUAGCGUUGGUUUCCUUCAGGGCAUUGCUCGUAUCACAGUGUGCUGGAGAACCACUUGAGGUUGCCUGUCUGGAACGGAGUGUACCCGUCUUUGUCAGCGAUUGCAUCGAAAUCGACUUGCUGAGUAGUUGCAGUUUUGGCACGUGCACAAUGGUGGUGGUCUUCUUAACAGACACUGCUCUACAAUCUAACACAGGCGUACUGGUUGCUGAGCAGGUGCAGUUUCGGCUGCGGUGAAGGCGCACACAUGAUGCAGCAUCCUGCGAGUAAACAGUCACAGAAUUCGAUUUAAGAUUCUUCAUGCAGCAUCCUGCGAGUAAACGGUCACAGAAUUCGAUUUAAGAUUCUUCAUCAUCUGUGCACAUGCACAUCCUUUUUAUCAUUCGGCACUCUUGAGAACAUCAGAUGUCGGUGGCAGCAGCCGCAGAGAAGAAGAAGGCGGAGGAUGCCGAAAAGGCACGUCUGUUGGCGAUCGAACAGCAGCGCCAGCACGACGGGGCAACAGCAAAGGCUGCCGAUGAAGAACGCAAUCAGCAACGCGAGAAGGUGUCCAGCGAGGAGCGAGCUUUGCUCACUAUGGCAGCGGCAUGGCGGACAGAGGCCGAAGGUGGCGAAUUCAGCGACAGCGGAACACGCAUCUCGCUGUUGCUCUCCCACCUCACGAACCUCCUGGCAACGUGCAUUGCACAACAGGAGGACAUCCAUAGCCUUGGCGACAUGGUAAAGAACCAGCAACGGUGGUUGGAUCAGGUGAACAGCUGCCUCCAGCAGCUGGAGCAACGACCCGUCGCCGCCCCCGUCGCCAGCUCCUCCAACACCUCCGACCGACUCAACGCAUUGGAAGUCGACGUCGGAGCACUCAAGGACGGCAUGCAGCGACAGCAAACCGCAACUCAACAAUUUGAGCACCGGGUCUGCACCCCCGCCACUCAUUCGAGCAUGUCACAACGAGAAUCGACUCCGAAGUUCGACGGUCAGGAGAUCUUCUGCGACACAACAAAGAAGUACCCGAUUUUGUGGUUUCGCCAGUUCGAGCUCAAGUUGCAGCUCCACCACUUCCACGAAACGAGGCACCACUCGUACUUGUACUCCCGAUCGGGGGGCGCGUGCCAAGCAUGGAUGAAAAACCUCUUGUCUGAACACGGCGUGGUGGCGACCGACUUGCAUACGAAGAUCAGCUGGGAGGAUCUGAAGGCGGCAUGGCGUAAGCAGUUCCAGAUCGAGCCGCCGGAAAUGAAAGCCAUGGAUAAGCUGAACAAGUUCCACCAAAACACGCUGCCAAGCGGCGAUUGGAUUGCCGAGUUCCAACACUUGACAUUCGUAUCAGGCGUACCAAUGGGCUUUCCAGCCAUGAAACACUACUUCAUCUCGAGGUUGUCUAUGGCAUUGCCCAUGGCGUUGACUCAAGUCGCAGACACGCUCACUACAACUGCGGAGCUCUUCGACAAGGUCGUGCAGAUCAUCGUCAUGAUCACGAAGGCCAAGAACCUCUCAUCUACGGCAGGCCAGAGCAGAGAACAGCAUCGGCCGAACGUGGUGGUGGUCGCGGCAGCAACGUCAACCGACCCCUCAAGCGAGGCCGUGUCUGCCAAUGAAGGGGGAGAGACGGUUAACGGGGGCCCAAAUAUUCGCCGUUUUCGUUGGCAAUUGUGUCCGUUGUCAGACAAGAUUCAAGCCAUCCAAGAGUGGCCGGAGUCGCGGAACGUCACGGAUGUCCGCUCGUUUUUUGGCCCUACCGGCUACUACCAACGUUUCAUCAAAGGAUACUCGAAGAUCGCGGCUCAUUUAACCAAGCUUCAAUGCGAGGAUCAGCCGUUCGACUUCGGAGAGGAUGCGCGAGAAUCAUUUUUGGCCCUCAAAGUUGCGUUAUUAUCCGUGGAAGUCUUGUGCAUAUACGACUCGCUAUUGUCGACGCGUGUCGCUACGGAUGCGUCAGGCUAUGGCAUUGGUGUCGUCCUCGAACAACACGAUGGCGUGGACUGGCACCCGAUCAAAGUGUCCGUCGUGCACUCCAUUGAUGAUGCACGCAAGGAGCUGCUAGCCUUUGUCAACGCACUCGAGCGGUGGCGUCACUUCCUCCUUGGUCGAAGUCAAUCCCGAUGGGUAACGGACAACAAUCCGUUGGUCUUCUACAAGAUCCAAAACACCGUCAAUAGCACGAUCGCCCGUUGGAUGGCUUUCAUUAAGCAAUUCGACUUCUUUCCCGAUCGCAUUUCGGGGAAGUCUAACUGUUUUGCGGAUGCUCUUUCACGGCGUCCGGAUCAUUGUACCACAGUCUAUUCGACCUUCGAGAUCGACGAUGACCUGCGGGACAGCUUCAUCAGUGGCUAUCAAGCCGACCCAGAGUUUCACGACAAGUAUGCGAAUUGCUCCUCUCCUAAUCCGGCCCCUUCUCACUAUUGGAUCCAAGAGGGGUACUUGUCGACAAGCGGGGUAGGGCCUUCUUUGCGUACCGAUUGACUCUCACUUGCGUACACAGCUUCUUGGCGAGUUCCGCGAUGCUCCCGCCACCGGACACUUUGGAGUCAAUCAAAUGAAUGGCUGACUUCGCG